GUUCGGGUCGAUUCCACGUCGCUCCUCCAUUCAUUGGAAUCAAAGUGCGGAUCUCGUAAUCGACGUAUAUUAUAUUAUAUUAUAGCUCUACCUCUAUCUGAAUCGAAGGAGCAAAACACACUUUGUGCGUGAAAUAAAAACAAAGCUAACGAUGACGGAGCAAACAAGGGCUGCUGCCUAAACAACCAAAAAGAUACUUUCGCAAAAGAUACUUUGGCAAAAAGCAAAAAGAAAAGAAACGACAAAACAACGUAAGCACAAAGAGAGGCUAUGACGUAGAGGGAACUUAUACGUGGAACCAGAUUUACACCUCAACCCGUACAGCUGUACUGCUCGCACUUAAGCUCAAGUUCACUGCCAAGCGUCGCCAGAAAGAGACAGUCCCAAGAGCGAGGAGAGCAAGCCAAAAAAGCUUGCACCGCGUCGAAAAGCUCUUGCACCCAAAACUAAGGCAAUCGAAGAGCAAUAUAAAAUAAAAUGAGUAACGAAUCAUCCGUCAGUGAAACAACACCGCUGCGGCGGCCCGAAACCCAAGCGAUUGAAAACGUGGCCCAAACGGUUGUUAACAGUUCCAACAAUAAUAAUAAUAACUACGGCGAUACAGUGGCGGUGCGUUUGCAAGGCGGAGAUAGUUCACACCAACAGCAGGAACAGCAGCAGCAGCAGCAACAACAACCUGCUACAGACAUGGACACCAACAAGAGAAUUCUAUGCCGCGUUGGCCUGGAUAUAUUAAUAUUACUGUGCGUUGGUUUCCCCAUACUGAUAUUCUAUCUGCUGGGCGAUCCCUAUAAAAGGGGCUUCUUCUGUGAUGAUGAGUCGCUGAAGCAUCCAUUCCAUGACUCCACCGUACGGAAUUGGAUGCUAUACUUCAUUGGAGUGGUGAUACCCGUUGGUGUGAUAGUCCUUGUGGAGGUUAUAAUAGCCCAGAGCAAGGUCAGGCGUAAUAAUGGAAACUCUACCAGUAGACGUUAUGUCUUGAUGAACUACGAUUUACCCGAGUGGCUCAUCGAGUGCUACAAGAAAGUGGGAAUCUAUGCCUUUGGUGCUGUGGUCAGUCAACUUACCACGGAUAUAGCCAAGUAUUCCAUUGGCCGUUUGCGUCCCCAUUUCAUUGCGGUGUGCCAGCCCGUGAUGCCCGAUGGCUCCACCUGCGAUGAUCCCGUGAAUGCCGGCAAGUACAUUCAGGAGUUUACGUGCAAGGGAGUCGGCUCCUCGGAUCGCAUGCUCAAAGAGAUGCGACUCUCCUUCCCCAGUGGCCACUCCAGCUUCACCUUCUUUGCCAUGGUCUAUCUGGCGUUGUACCUGCAGGCACGCAUGACAUGGAAGGGCUCCAAGCUGCUGCGUCACAUGCUGCAGUUCGUCUUCAUCAUGGUGGCCUGGUAUACGGCUUUGAGUCGAGUCUCGGACUACAAGCAUCAUUGGUCGGAUGUGCUGGCGGGAUCACUGAUUGGCUCCACGUGCGCCUUGGUUGUGGUAAACUUUGUCUCUGACUUGUUUCAAAAGCCCAGCAUAAAGUCCUAUUUGCCGCGUACAGCGCAAGACAUGAAUGCCACGCAAGGACCUCCGAUGCAGAAUCAGGGAAUUCGUGUUACCACAAACUAACCCGCUCUAGGAGGAGUGUCUCACAACUAUUACAAAUUCCACGAGUUGUAGCCUUCGGAGCUGCUCUCGAUUUCUGUCCGGAUUUCUAUAUCGGCCAAGCCAAGCUUAGCGAAAGCCCGAUUUAUAUUUAUUAAUGAAUUUUGCAUUUUGUGUGCGUGAGUGUAUGUGAUCUGCAAGUGCACUUAGGCAUGUCCUUAAGUGUCCUUAAACGUUAGCUAGCGCAAUUGAGAGAUAAAGAGAUAUCUAUCUGUGUGAGGGUAUUUAUUGUACUAUUUAAUUAAGCAAUUUUUAACUGACGCAACAAUUUCGACAACAAACAAGUGACCUUCGAGCUGCACAAAAAUACAUGUAAUAAAACAAUGCGAAGGCAAUAAUAAGUAUUAUUUGUAAACUAAGAAAUAAGCUUUUGGAUACGAAAAGAUAUUUUAAUUAGU